UAAUUCUGCAGCAACAGGAAAUGUAGAUUAUUAUCUGGAUUAUAAUUAAUUGGACAUUUUUGUAGGGGUUGGUAAAAUCAAGUGGAAAUUACAAACCUCAGAAGCCUUUUUGAACCAUAAAUACACUACACGUUUUACAUUUCCUACAUUGUUGAUCAAAUUAAGAUCCUGCAUCUGUAUGACUUUAGUUUUUUGAUUAAUUUAUAAAAUUCCUUUGCUUCUUUUAAAUUAUGUUAGCAGUGUUUGUGUCCAGAAAGGUUUGUUAUUGUCAUUGUUACCAUAUUUCUGUUGUGGGGCCCUCUUCAGCUCAGAGGAGUCUUUGGGAAAUGAGGAAGAGGAUGACAACCUAAGAAAAUAUUGCUCCGCAUCUGAGGACAGAGAUAAAGAGGAUUGGGACAGACCCCGCUCAGACCCCCUGAGGUCUGUGUUUGGACUGUCUCACAGCUUUAUCUUCAGUCAGGUUCACAGAGACGCCCACAGGUCCCUGAGUGAGGUCAUACUGCCGUCCAUCCAGAGGAGACCGAAGAAGAUGAGGCCUAUUAUUCUGUCUGCGGACACCAGGCUGAUCAUGGCCAUUGUGGAGAUCAUCAUCAAGCAGAUAAAUGCAAGACUAGCCCAGAUUGUGCUGAAAGGAUGUGCCAGUCAGGGAGCCGAAGCUCCUUCGACCAGCAUCAGCUCACCGAGCAGUCAAUUUGCUGAGCAGAUGCUGAGGAUAAUCACAACCACAAUGAAUGGCCAUAUCAUGGGACAGAUGGCGCUCACUCGGCUGUCUGGAAAGUCCCCUCUGGAGAUCGAGAGCAGGCUUGAGACAGAGCUAGGGCCACUGGCAGGUCAGGUCAUUGUUGCAACCAUCAACAGCAUCCAGAGGGCGAAGAGCGAUGCUCAGACAGGACAUGAGGUUCGGGUGUCCUCACCUUGCACCUACUUCCUGUCAGCUGUGUCGGCUGAGGUGCAGAGUCUGGUGGUCCAGAGAUCAGGGACCAGGAUGUCAGACAGACAGUCAGGCAGCAACCACCUGCUGAACCUGUCUCCGGCGAAGAUCACCAGGGCCGUCGAGUUGAAAAUGGCUGAAAUGUACGGCGGAUCCCUGUGUGAUUGGUCCAUGUCCAGUGAUUUGGUGGAUUUGGUGGUCGAUGAUACCCUGGAUGCCCUUGGAUAUCUAGAGAACCAGUCAUUAUCCGGGCCCCAGAGCGUUGGCUACCGGAACGGGAUUGAAGGCCUCGACAUUGAUGGUGUGGAGCUUGACAGCAACUCAGAUGAGUCCUUUGAUCCGCUCCAGAUGGCUAGAAACCUUCUAGCACGUCUAGCGUCGGGUGUCAAGAGCAUCGACAAUCUGGAACUUGGUGAGAUGCUCCAGGGCACCUCAGCAAUCAUGGAGCCGGAGGCUGUGAGAGAACACCCAGAAAUAUCUUCCACUGCCAUCUACCACUCCCUGCUCAUUGAUUGUCCUUUCCCACCAUCAGAGAGGGUUCAGGAAACAAUUAUCCUAAGCCAUCCACUCCCUGCACAGGACGUGACCACACAGAAGAAAAAGCAGCAUUCUGCUGACAUUCAGACCGACAGCCUAAUGGCAGAAUACCCUGCCAAGGCACAACGGGUAGUGACUCAGGUCAUAAGAGAUUCUCCUUUAACCGUGGACAUCCUGUCAGCCCACGUCUCCUCAAAGAACAUUGCUGAGGCCUCAACUCACGUUCUUGAGUCCCUUCUAGUGGACUUAAACGAGGCAAUUGAGGUGAGUAGGGCAGAGCGGAGCAAGUUCUGGGAACAGGUCCAGUUAUCCUCCCAGAAACUUUACAGCACAGCUGUGGACAAGCUGAAGAGUUUGUACACUGGUUGCCUCCUCAACAAUGAGCAAGACCACCAGGAUACCCAUGUAACCGCUGACAAAAUCCAGGACAUGGAAGUGUCUACCAACAAUGACCUCAAAGACCCAACAGUUGCAGUCAGCCAGGAGUUAGUCCGACACAGCGCAAAGAAGAUCCUCACAAAGGUUCUGAAUGUGAUCAAAGCCGGAGUAGCUGGCUCAGAGCACUCAUCUGUGGGCGAGCAGAUGACCGAAGAGUGCCAAGUUGCCACAGAGAUGUUGGACUCCAUUCUGAACGGACUAGAAGAUGAUGAGCCUGAUGUGGGUGAAGAGGAUCAUCUUCAUGUGAUGUCUGUCCGUGACAUCUACCAGGAUGUCUCAUCUAAAACCUCUCAGGUUUGUAUGGUGAUGAGUAGCCAGGCGAUGGACGCGUUGACCGAUGAUGUGUCUGCCGCGACCUAUGUGCAUGAUAUUGUGUACAGGUCAGAGAGUUGUCUCUCUCAGGCCACAAGUACCCACAGGUCAGGCACUAGCCAGGCCUCCAGUGACCUUGUUGUUGAGUACAUGUCUGAGCUCCAUGCCAACUGCCUUGACACCGCAUUGCCUGUGAGGUGCACUUCUACAGCUGUUGGCGAUACAGAGACUUGUCAUGUCCCCUCUGCCAGAGUGAAGAAGAAGAGUCAGGGCCGGAGGUUCAGUUGCUGCCCAAAGUUGCCAACGGUCAGGAUCAAGGUGUUCAAGGGCAGAGUGGAACCAGAGAGCAACCCCACUCAAAAGGAGCUGCCUUCGCAGCGUUUCAGCACCUCUCGAGUUGCGCUGCAUGAUGAUCAUGCUGUCCCAUUCAUUCCCCAACUUGAGGAUGACCUGCCACCAGCACCUGCACAGGAGUCCCGUAAACGUCCCCUGUUGGUGAGAAUGUUCCGGGCCAUUUCCAGGGCCAUCUCAAAGCCAUUCAAGGGCUGUGCUUUUUGCAAGAAGAAUUAGGAAAGGGUUAGCCAUCAACAUCUAAUAAACAUAUUAGCAGCAUUGAUUUGUGUGUCUGCAGUCAAAUUUAAUAGACUCUCUUGACAUGGCAUUUUAGCAGACACUUAUCCAGAGCAACUAGGGUUAAGUGCCUAAGUCAGUUUGGAGAUACAAACCAGUGACCUUUUGGUUAUUGGCCCAACACUCUUGACCACUAGGCUACCUGCCACUGCAUGGGUUUUACCAUAUUGCUUAUUCUUUUUUGAUUCCUUCCUAUCUGCAAAGAGGUUGACCCAACUGAACAUUUCACACCAGAUUUCAAUGUUCCAUUUGCUGUUUUAAGUACGUGAUUUCAAUAUAUGUAAUAUACUUGCAAACUGAGAAGGCAUUUCACACCAGAUUUGUUUGUAUUGACCUUGGUGAAAAUGUGUUUAUCUGACAUUGCAGCACAAUAUUAAUAUAAUAAGUGUCUUUUUCAACACAUUUUGAUGCAUACAUUUCUAGUGGGGGAAGGGGUAUGGUUUGUGGCCCAUUAUAUUCUAUACAGCUCUUCGGGAGAGGUUGCCAAGGUGAAAGUAGAGCUAUUAUCAUCCUGCUGAUCAUACAGUAUUUGGAAUGAAGAAGGUCCAUUAAUAGGGGCUAGGGUCAGCCUGAAACUGAGAGGUAUCUGUUGGUUGGGGGCCAAGGGUGGGCUUGAAAAUGGGCCAUUGACAGUUGCUAUUUAGAGCUUCUGCUUACCCUUCUGCUCCUUCUGGCAAUUUACAUAAUCCCUCUGUCUCUCUUGCACCCCUUUGAUAGUUUGAUUUGUGAUCACCUCUGUAAAUCUCUUGUAUUUUUACAAAAUAAUUAUCUCAACUAUGGCCUAUGGAUGGAGGGGUACCAGGAGGGAAAUGUAAGAGAAUACAGAUGUGUAUUUGAAAAUAUAGGAAAGUUCCCAAUUCCAAUAAUGUAUAUGAAGAUAAUAUGUUCCCAUUAUGCAUAAUUGUUAUGCUUUUUCUAUGCAUAGUCUUUUAUCUUUAUUUUGUAUGAUUUGUAUCUGUCUCUUGCCUGUCUCUCACAUACUUUCACACAUACCCAAUGAUUACACUAAUAUGUACACUCUCAAAGAAAACAUAAAUAAAUACAGAUUGAUGAGAUAGUUAGGAACAUUACAUUCAAAAUACAUUUAAACUUUUUGUCAAUGUCAAAGGCAAUAGCUUAAUAUCUUUCUACAACCCAUGGAGAACAGGACGCAAGUAUUUUUGUGAGACCGUUUGUUUGUAAAGAGAGAAAAAAAAAUCAAUUUAUUCCGAGUUCAGGGGUCAAGGAAAAGGAAUCACGUGAUAGUGAAUGUUGCACUAAGCCUGCGCUCAAACCACUGACUAAUAAAACACCUACACCGUU